AUGCGGGCUCUUUUCGCCAAGAGGCAGCCGGCGUCGCGAGCACCACAGGACGUACCAACGGAACAAAACGACGACGACGUCAUUGCACAUGGGCCGCCACACCUGGAAGGGAAACCCACAGAGAAAGAGCAAGGAGAGGGCGAGGACGCGCUGAAGAAGGGCGCCAGAGUCGAGACCCAUGGCUCCAGCAGCGCAUCCAGCUCGUCGCGGGCAGACGCGGAGCCCACGGGCGAGAAAGCCACCGAGGACGCCGACGCCGCAGACCCCGAGCUCCGAGACAUUCCCCGCCAGGUGCGGCAGAUGGUGUCGCUGGAAGACGACCCGGCCGCGCUGACCAUUACCUUCCGCUAUUUCCUGCUCUGCUUCAUCUUCAUCCCGCCCGGGGCGUUCCUGUCGCAGAUGUCGACGUACCGCACCACGUCGGCGCCGUAUUCGGUGUUGUUCGUGCAGAUUGCCUGCCACUACCUAGGCGCCUGGCUCGCGAAGGUGCUGCCGGACAAACGGGUCGGGAUCCCGGGGACGCAAUGGGGGUUUAGUUUGAACCCUGGGCCGUGGAGUGUGAAAGAACACGUGCUUGUGACCAUUUCGGCGGCGUCGGGGGCGACGAGCAAUUUGGGGAGCUCGCCAAUCAGCAUUGCGCCGCUGUACUACAACACGGACGUGUCGCCAGGAGUGGCCAUCUUCUUCAUGUUCAGCAUUGUGUGGCUGGGCUACUCGCUCGCGGCGCUGGCGCGCCAGUUCCUCAUCUACGAGCCGUCGUUCGUGUGGCCGCAGGCGCUGAUGCAGUCGACGCUGUUCAACUCGUUCAAGGCCUCAGCCGAGGACUCGCGGAUGGGACGGCGGCGCAUGCGCGUCUUCUUCUGCUGCCUGGGCGGCAUGAUCCUCUGGCAGUUCUUGCCCGAGUACGUGUUCCCGUUCCUCAGCUCGCUGGCCUUCCUGUGCUGGGUCGCGCCGCGCAAUGCCACGGCCAACUUUGUCGGCUCCGGCCUCGGCGGCAUGGGCUUCUUGAACCUGAGCCUUGACUGGAGCAAUAUUACGUCGAACAUCAUGCUCUACCCCUUUUGGACGCAGGCCGUCAUCUUCGCCGGCUUCGUCUUCAGUGCCUGGAUCCUUCUCCCCGCAGCCAAAUAUGGCGGACUCGGCUCCGAUGACACGCGCCCGUUCCUCAUGUCCAAUGCUCUUUUCCAAGCCAAUGGUUCCAAAUACCCCACCUCCGAGCUCAUCACGCCCAGCCUGACGCUGAACGAGACCGCACUCGAGCACUACGGCCCCCCGCUGCUCGGCACGCAGUAUAUCUGGAAUUUGUUCUUCACGUACGCCGCCUACACGUCGUCGUUUUCGUGGAUGUUUUUGUUCGGGUGGCCGAGCAUCAAGGCCAGUUACGUGCGCGUGCGGGACCGCUUCCGCACGCGUGGCUCCGUGAACGCAACAGACCAGUACAGCGAUCGGUUGAAUAUUCUUAUGCGCCCGUAUAAGGAGGUGCCGUUGUGGUGGUACGGGGUCCUGUUUUUGACGCAGUUCGUCGCCAUGCUGGCCAUCCUGGGAACCGGCAACAUGUUCAUCCCCAUUUGGACUUACAUCGUUGCAGUAGUCAUGGGCGCCGCUAUUGUGUUGCCAUUGGGCUGGUUGUACGCUGUCUGCAAUUAUCAGUUGGCUAUAGGCGACUUCAACGAGUUGCUCUUCGGCUACAUGAUCAACGCUAUCUCAGGGCAUAAACACCCAGCCGGCGCAACCACUUACGGAGCUAUUGCAGGCGAUGCCUGGUAUAGGGCUCAAUAUAUCCUCCAGGACCAAAAAAUCGGACAUUACAUGCAUGUCCCACCACGCCUCGUCUUCUUCUCGCAAAUCUUCGGCGAACUGAUCGGCAUUCCCAUCAACUACGGCACAAUCCAAUGGAUCAUCAAAACCAAGCGAGACUUUCUACUCGGCACCAAGACGGACCCACUGCACCAAUGGUCGGGCCAAACACUGACGGGGUACAACUCCAAAGGCGUGCAAUACGUGCUAAUCGGGCCGGCACGGAUGUUCUCGCAAGCAAUCUACAACCCUUUGCCAUGGGGAUUCCUGGCCGGCUUCGGCGCACCGAUAGUGCUGUACCUUUUGCACCGGUGCUUCCCGCGCGCGCGGUUCGACCUCUGGAACGUCACCAUUUUCGCGGCGACGGCGGGCUCGUUCUACGGUAACUUGAGCACGGGCUACGCGUCCAAGUUCAUUGGCGGCUUUGUCGUCAUGUACUGGGCGUAUCGCCAUCGGUUCGAGCUCUGGAAACGCUAUAAUUACGUUAUUGCGGCGGCGUUUGAUGCCGGGUUCAACUUUAAUAUGUUGCUUGUGUUUUUGUUCUUUGGCUCGGGCAAGCAGAUCUCGAUGCCGAAUUGGUGGGGCAAUAAUGAGACGUCGGUGGAGCGGUGCUUUGCGCUGGAUUAG